AUGUUACCUCCAAUUAAUAUUAAUAAAUGGAUUGAAGAGAAUAAAUCAUUAUUACAACCACCAGUUGGUGCAAAAUUAUUAUAUACAGAUAUCGAUUCAACAUUUGUUGUUAUGAUUGUUGGUGGACCAAAUCAAAGAACUGAUUAUCAUGUCAAUGAAACUGAUGAAUUCUUUUAUCAAUUUAAAGGUGAUAUGAUACUAAAGAUUGUUGAUAAAGAUGGUUCAUUUAGGGAUAUCAACAUUAGAGAAGGUGAAACAUUCAUUCUACCAGGUAAUACACCACAUUCACCACAAAGAUAUAGGGAUACAAUUGGUUUAGUCAUUGAAAAGAAGAGAUCUUCAGAAAAUAUUGAUAAACUUUUAUGGUUUUGUGAUAAUAAAGAUUGUAGAAAAUUAUUAUUCUCUCGUAGUUUUCAUGUCGAUGAUUUGGAUUUGGGUAAACAAUUAACACCCAUCAUUAAUGAAUUCUAUGGUAAUGAAGAAAAUAGAACCUGUAAACAUUGUAAUCAUAUUAGUCAAAAACCAACUGUUAAUGAUUAUAUCCAAUAA